AUGGCUCAAAACGCCAAUGCCGAUGGCACGGUCGCCAUGCCCAAGCUCGAGGAUCUCCUGCGUCACCCGGAGGAUCUGGACAAAAUCAACGGUCUCAAGGCCGAAUAUCAGCGCAAGAAGACCGCUGUGGAUUCCCGGCUUCGUGAGGGCCUUCGCGACCAGCUUGAGGCCGUGCAGCGCAGUAUUGGGAUUUUGACCGAGGGCCAACGACAAGUAUCCAAGACUAAGGAUGAACUUCAAGGGAUCGAUAAACUAUGUGCGGAAUCACAGGAUAGCGUGGAGGACUUUGCACAGAUCGAUAAGUUGGCGCGAAUUCAACGGCAUUUCGACGCUACAUUGAUGAUGAAGAAGGGAUUGGAGAACUUCAGCGCGGAUAUCCAGGAAGUAGAGGAGCUGCUGAGAGAAGACGACGAUGAUUUGGAGAACCAGCCAAAUCUACUCAAGGCACACAUGCAUAUCUCCCGUCUGCGAGACUUCCGCGAUGAGGCCAUGGAUCAGAUUCGCAAGGCGCAGGAUGCCAGCAGUGAAGAGACAUUGACCGAAUACUUCCAAGGACUGGACUCGGUAAUUGACUGGUUUGACGACCACCUGGGCACGGCUUGUAUGAAUCUCAUUCCGCUAGUCCAGGAAGAUAAUAAGAGCAUGGUUGUUCGUCUGGCUGUCGUCGUGCUUAAUGAAGAGAAGAAUGACGAUACCGUGCGCGCCUUGCAAGAAGCUCAGAAGGACCACAAAGAUCUGGCGAGCCGUUUCAAGUCGAUGAACAUCGGUCCUAAGACUGUCCGGGGCUACAAGGAGAAAUUACUCCAGGCGGUUGAAUUCUACGCACAAAACCAAUUUGAAAACACGAAAGAGGAGUUCUUGGGUGAUCCAGAUCAUUUGGAGAAGAGUUUCCGGUGGUACUUCAAUGACCUCUUCACCGUCCGAGAAGGCAUGCAAAGCCUGGUACCGAAGAAGUGGAAGAUUUUCAAGACAUACACCGAUAUCUAUCACCGCAUGAUGCACGAUUUCCUCGUGGGCAUGAUUGACGAUCCCGAGUGCCCAGCGGACAAUCUAUUGAAGAUGAUUCACUGGAGUGAUAAAUACUACAAGAAGAUGAAGAAGCUUGGCUGGGCCGCAACCGAUCUCCAGCCCAACAUCCUGGAUGACCGCGAGCCAGAGCUGAUCCGCCAAUGGCAAAGUGUUAUUAUCAAUGCCGUGGAAGAAUGGAUGGAACGCAUCUUUGAGACCGAAAAGAGAGGUCUCAUGGAUCGCCAACCAGAUGCGCUGGACACCAAUGCGGAUGGUUACUUCCGCACCAAGACCAUCGGAGACAUGUGGCGUAUGCUGCAUGAGCAAAUUGUGGCGGCCAGUGCUUCUGAACGAGCCGACGUUGUUGAGGGUGUCAUUGAUGCCAUGUUCCGGGCGCUCAAGGGCCGGCAGAGUGCAUGGCAGGCACUGCUUGAUGAAGAAUGCACCAAGCACAAAGUACCUGGUGCGGACCAACCUGAAGGUAUCCAACUGCUACAGGACUGGCUGGUUGGUGUUGCCAACGAUCAGAUCGCCUGUAUCGACGACAAUGAAGAGACGGGCCAAAUGGGCUACUUGACAAGAUUCAAGCGUGAUUUCGAGCCGCUCGUGACACCAAAGUAUCUGGCGACACGCGCCGCCCUCGAAUUGGAUGCUCUGCGCGAUGGCUACGUCGACCUGAGCACACAUUGCCUGACACAAUUCGUGGACAUUGUUUUCACUGUCGACCUUGUCACCGUUAUCCCCGAUCUGUUCACCGCGAAAUGGUAUGGCGAAUAUGCCAUCAAGCGUAUUACGUCCACAUUCGAGGACUACAUGGCCGACUAUUCACCCGUCCUCCACCCCUCCCUCGUCGACAUCUUGGUCGAAGAACUCUCAGACGAACUCCUGGUGCGGUACUUGUCAUCAGUCCGCAACCGAGGCGUCAAGUUCCGCCGUUUCGUGGAUCCGUUCACGGAUAAAUUCAAGGACGAUGUCCUCACAGUCUUUGCAUUCUUCCAGAAAUACGAAGACUCUUUCGAGGCCACCAUCAAGCAAAAGUGGCGUCUUGUGGACUGGCUGGUCCGUCUGCUCGAGAGCGAAAAGGGCCAGCCUGUUGUCAAUGUCUACGAGUCUUUCAAGAACGAAUAUUGGGAUCUGCAGCUGUCUUGGGUCGAGGCUGUGUUGCGUACUCGCGAUGACUUUGAGCGCAGUAUGCUCAGUGCUGUUAAGGCUAAGGCUGCUGAGUUGUCUGUUGAACGCGGGGUUGAGACUAUCAUGAGCCGUGUGAGGUGA